AUGCCUCUCACAACAGUACCAACCCCGCCCGGCCUUUUCGAACAGCGACAAUCGCCGAAUGCUGGUAUUGGAGUCUUCGCCAUCGCCGCCAUCCCUUCGGGCACUCGUAUUCUCUGCGAAGCUCCGCUCUUUGCGCUUCCUGACGACGACGAUGUCAUAGAAUGUUACCUGACAAUCAAGGAUCUGCCCUUGGAUCAGCAAUCUCUCUUCUGGUCACUCGCUGCAUCCUCGAGUCCCCCUGGAGAUACCGAUUGGAUUGGCGAAUUACGAGACGCCUGUGAUGACCGUCUCACCAUACACGCCCUUCGCGACAUCCGCCCUGGUGAAGAGAUAUGCACUGCCUACAUCGAUAUCUGCCAUGACACAGCAGAGAGACGUCGCAUCCUGCAUCACUGGGGAUUCAAAUGCUGCUGCGAGGCUUGCGAGACACAAGAUCCAGCGCGCGAAGCUCGAAGAAGCAAGCUAGAAGAGCUUAUGACUGUCAUGCAAAGGAGGGAAAACAAAAGAUCUUUCGAGAACUGGGGCACCUGGGAUUACGCCGAAGCUCUUGCGACCGUGGAGAAGAUCAUCUGUCUCAUGCUGGAGGAUGGCCUGGAGGAGACAGAUACACUGGGCGUAGCCUACGAGAACGCAGCCGAGUACAAUCUUGCCAUGGGCUGCAAGGAAGAUGCUGUCAAAUGGGCCGAAAAGGAUCUCGAGAUUGAACGCAAGUGCUGCGGCGAGGAUAGUGAUGAAUAUGCCAACGCAUUGAAGUUGCUGGAAUCUGCACGAGCGGCUUAG